AAUGGUCUGGUGGUGAGUCCAUCUGAGAUGUUCAAGCUGAAGUCCUGUAUCCGAAGGAAGACUGACUCCAUCGACAAGCGUUUCUGCUUCGACAUCGAAGUGGUGGAGAGGCAUGGCAUCGUGACUCUCCAGGCUCUGUCUGAGUCCAACAGAAGGCUGUGGCUGGAGGCUAUGGAUGGCAAGGAGCCGAUUUACAAUCUUCCAGCCAUUCUGAGCAAGAAAGAAGAGACGUACCUAAACGAGGCAGGGUUUAAUUUUGUGAGGAAAUGUAUUGACUUGGUGGAGGUACGAGGGAUCAGCACGUUGGGCCUCUACAGAAUAGGAGGGGUCAACUCUAAGGUCCAGAAGUUGAUGACCACUGUGUUUGCAACCAAGGCUCCAGUUGAUAUGAACCUGGACCCAGACACCUGGGACAACAAGACCAUCACAAGCGGCCUGAAGAAUUACCUCAGGUGUCUCUCUGAGCCUCUGCUGACCUUUAAGCUCCACAAAGACUUCAUCAUGGCCGUCAAGUGUGAAGACCAGAACUACAGGGUGAGGGCCGUCCAUGCCUUGGUCCACAAGCUGCCUGAAAGGAACAGGGAGAUGAUGGAGCUACUGAUCAAACACCUCGUCACAGUGUCCACCCACAGCCAGUUCAACCUGAUGACUGUGUCCAACCUGGGUGUGAUCUUCGGGCCCACGUUGAUGAGGUCACAGGAGGAGACGGUGGCCGCCAUGAUGAACAUUAAAUUCCAGAACAUCGUGGUGGAGAUUCUCAUCGAGAACUUUGACAAGAUCUUCCACCAGCCUCCAGACCCCAACGUACCUCUGCCCCAGCCCCAAUCCCGACCAAGCUCACGAAGGAGCAGGGCCAUCUGCCUGUCCACAGGCCCUAGGAAGCCUCGCAGCAUCUACACCCCAACACUGUGCCUUGCAGACGCUGACAGUGACACGUUCAGCAGCAGUCCAGGCAGCACCCCCUUGGGAAGCAUGGAGUCCCUCUCCUCCCACUCCUCUGAGCAGAACAGCUCCUCCAAGACAACUGGCACUUCCUCCCACCACCAGCCCAAAGACAAGGCUUCCUAUCCCCCUGGCCUGUGGCUGGGGAUGGGUCAGGGGACGAGCCAGUGGCUCGGGAUGGGUCAGGGUACCAGCCUGAAGCAGGGGAUGGGUCAGGGGACCAGCCUGGGGCAGGAGAUGGGUCAGGGGACCAGUAUGGGGCAGGAGAUGGGUCAGGGCCCAACCCUGGGUCUCCGUCGCUCCCCUCACAGCUCUCUUCCAACGGGCCAGGGAAGGGAAGGAAGACGUGGAGACAGGGAGGACAGACGGGAGUCGGAGGGAGAUGCUCUGAGUCUGUCCUCAACCAGCACCACAGCUACACCCAGGGGGUCCAUCGGCCCGAAGAAAGCCCCCCACUCCCAGACGGAUCUCCGGCCGGUGCCCGUGACCCAACUGACCCAGCUGAACCGCUCAGCCGCUCCCUCUCUGAGGUCACUGUAUAUAUCUGAAGGCCGUAGGAGUCUGGCAGGUUCAGUCCAGAGUCUGUCUGCCGUGACGCUGGACCAGAAAGACCAACAGAAGGAUCGGAAGGAGAGUGUAGAGUCUACAGACCCCCCAGACCGCCCUCCUAAACUAGUCACCCGUCGGAGAUUGGACAGACCGGACAAGAUGGAGUCCUCCAGCAACGGAUACCAGAGACCAGGAUCAGUGGUUGCUGCAAGAGCCAUGUUGUUUGAAACCUGCCCUUCAGCGGCGCAGACCACACCUGUUGGAAGGUAG